UUUGUCAUGACCGUCUCCUGCGUUUGAGCUCUUUGGGUCAGCAGGAACAGGAUUAGCUGGCCUGUGCCCUAGGUGUCCUUUAGGAGAAUUAGGGCAGCUUCCAGCUCUCACAGGAGCAGUCAUCAUGCUGGUCAGCGUUCAUGCGGGAUGAGUUUCUUUGAUCCAUAUGGAUAUUUGGAGUACAGCAGGAAGUGUUAACUAGCAGUUUGCUUUAUGAAAUUUCAGAGAAGUUUGUUGAUGGUAUUGGAGAGUCCAGUGUGCAUGUUUUUCAAUGGAUCCAACUGAGAAAAUCUGAGAACUAUCCGAUGGUCUAUUGACCUGGACUUGUGGAAUGUGAUUGUGAUCCAUCAACUUGAGAUCUUCAGGUUUUGUAGCUGACCUUGCGGAUCUGAUUUGUUGCAGUGUUUUGUGACUGUGAUUUCUUGUACAUUGUGUAUGAUGUCGACUGAAGCAUUUCCUCUGAGUGGGGCUCAGAUAGCCUUGUGUCGUCUGGUUCAUCACGGCCCCAGACCACAGGCCACGCUGAGACCUCUGAACCACGAGCUCAGGCUCUAUGUUGAGAAGACACGCACCAAACCUAAAUGCAGGAUGGAGGCAUCUUGUCUGGAGCUGGCGCUGGAAGGGGAGAGACUGUGUAAAGCUGGAGAUUUUAAAGGUGGUACAGCCUUCUUUGAAGCUGCUGUUCAGGUGGGAACAGAAGAUCUCAAGACUCUCAGUGCCAUUUACAGCCAGCUGGGUAACGCUUACUUCUACCUGAAGGAGUACGGCAAAGCCCUGGAGUACCAUCGGCACGACCUCACGCUCGCCCGGACAAUUGGGGACCGGAUCGGGGAGGGGAAAGCCAGCGGGAAUCUGGGAAACACUCUGAAGGUUUUGGGCCGGUAUGAUGAAGCGGUUGUGUGCUGUCAGAGACACCUAGACAUUUCUCAAGAACAAGGAGACAAGGUCGGCGAGGCCAGGGCUCUGUAUAACAUGGGGAACAUGUUUCAUGCCAAAGGAAAGCAGCAGCUGUGGGGCAUCUCACAGGACCCCGGAGAGCUUCCUCCUGACGUCAGAGACACGCUGCAGCGAGCCACGGCUUUCUACGAGAUGAAUCUCUCUCUGGUAAAGGAGUUGGGAGACCGAGCAGCGCAGGGAAGAGCCUUCGGAAACCUCGGCAACACUCAUUACCUGCUGGGUAAUUUCGUUGAGGCCAUCAAGUUCCACAGAGAGCGUCUCUCCAUUGCAAAGGAAUUUGGCGACAAGGCUGCUGAGCGCAGAGCGUACAGUAACCUAGGCAACGCUCUCAUUUUCCUUGGCCAGUUCAAUGCAGCCACAGACUAUUACAGGAAAACUCUGCAGCUCUCUCGGCAGCUGAAGGAUCAGGUGAUGGAAGCUCAAGCGUGUUACAGUCUGGGAAACACGUACACGCUGCUGCAGGAGUAUGGACGAGCCAUAGACUAUCACCUCAAACACCUGCUCAUCGCUCAGGAGCUCAAUGACAGGGUCGGUGAGGGCCGGGCCUGCUGGAGUCUGGGCAACGCUUACGUGUCAUUGGAAAACUACCGUCAGGCUCUGCACUACACUCGGAAACACCUGGACAUCUCCAGAGAGAUCGGGGACAGGAAUGGAGAGAUGACGGCCAGGAUGAAUGUGGAGGAGCUGAUGGAGGCUCUCGGGGUGAAGGAGGCCGAUCUCUCACCGUCCGAAUCGGAGUUUAAAGUGCAGGGAGCCAGACCCAAGUUCACCAAGAAGAAUAGCAUGGACAGUGUUGACUUGUGGAAAUACAGCUCUGAAAAGAAUGGAGAUGCUCCAGAUGUUGAUGGUGUUUCAAGAAGGUCAAGGAACCAGCUGUUUCAGUCCAGCAGAAGCAAAAGUUACGCGGACAGUCAGUCGUCAGAUGAAAGACAGUGGCUCGACUCACCUGUGGACAUGGAUGACAUCACUGUUCACGUCACACCUCCAAAACUGGCUCGUGACGCCUCAGAUGAGGACUGCUUCUUUGACCUGUUGAGUAAGUUUCAGAGCAGCCGUAUGGAUGACCAGCGCUGUCAGCUGGACGAGCCGUCCGAUGGAGAGAACACAGGAGGAGCGGAUCGAAACACACUCAGUGACAUGAUUGGUCAGUCACAGCAUGCCAGUCUGCUGACGUCUCCUCAGACCGAAGAACUGUUCGAUUUGAUCGCCAGCUCUCAGAGCCGCCGUCUGGACGAUCAGAGGGUGAACGUCAGUAACCUGCCUGGACUCAGAAUUACCCACAAUAACCUGGGCCACCUGUGUGGAGACAGCGACCCCCAGGAGCCCAGCGAUGACUUCUUCAACAUGCUCAUAAAGUGCCAGUCAUCCAGGAUAGAUGACCAGCGCUGCUCUCCUCCUGAAGGGGGUCCACGGGCCCCAACCGUCCCAGACGAGGAUUUCUUCAGCCUAAUACAGAGAGUUCAGGCCAAACGAAUGGACGAGCAACGUGUUCAUCUCCCUUCCGACGAACAGGAGCUGGACGAGGAUGAGGAGGACGACGAGAGAGAGCCAGGGGUCGCAGACUCCUGAGGAACCCCCGGCCAAAUGACACACAACGAGGAUUGAAUGAGAAAGGACGUUUCACGGGGAAUGUUUUGGAUGGACUCUUUCAUGAGAUGAGGAAAUGUGCACAAAGAGAAAUCACAAGUGCCAUCUCAGUAUACGGUGCAGUUUUACGCCUCCUGUGCUUUACAGCCAAUGAUACAUGAAGUUUGACAGAGUUUAUAAUGAUGCAUUGGGACGCAUCUCUGAAUCAGUGAUUGUGUUGUUCAUUUGCAAACACUGCCUGCACUGUUUUAGCACCUGAUCAACAAAAGAAACUUUACAAAUCAGGUACAAACACUGCAACAAAAAAAGAAGAACAGAAAAUGUUUAUUUUUUCUUUCUUCUUUUUUUUCAGUAAAAUAUAUAAACAGCAGGAGAGCAUGAUGUCAUUUACAGAGAUGGUUCAGCAUUCAGACACCUGAAGUGGCACUUUAAAAUGUCUGCAUCUGAAAGUACAGCCAGUUAUAACCAUUUGAUCAUUUAUGCAUAUAGCAAAUGCUUUUCUCAAAGUGACUUGCAAAAGAAGAACAAAAGCACAAAACAUUACAUUAUCUACAGAUUAUAGUAAUAGUUCACCCAGAAAGGAAAAUGUGCUUUUAGUUUUUUUUUUUUCGGAGAACAGUAAGGAGAUUCUUAGCUGAAACCAUGAUCAUUCAUAAAAGGCAAGUCUACCGUUACUUUGAGAGUAAAUAAAAAACAAAACAAAACAAAAACCAACGCAUAUCAGGCAACAUAAAAUGAAUACACACGGCUCCUGAUGAUAUAUGAGGUCUCAUGAAACAAAAUGAUCAGCCUGUGCAAGAAGCUGAACAUUAUUUGCAUCAUUACUACCUGUAAUCCACAGGCGAACGCUACGGAGUGGUGUCCAGUUUGUUAACAAAUCAUUAUUUUGAACGUUUUAUUUACAUUUUUUAUGAACUAGUUCAGACAGUCUGAAACAGCACAGAUCUAAAAGCUACUCAGUCAAAACUUCCUAGCCUGACAGUCACUCUGAUUGUAAAUACUGGUGUAUCUGAUCCUAAGAUGAAGCUCUUUCAGAGCUCCAGCUCCCAAAUCGUGUACUAUGAUGUUUCUUAGUAUGUUUCUUAGUAUUGUUUUAUAUGCAUAUGCAAGAAUUAGUGUGCAGUGCAUGUGACACAAAUUUCAUCACCAGAAUAGCAUGCAUGUACUGUACGUGCAGCUUCCGAUCUUUGUAACACAGGUCACACGUGAAUUGACUUGGUUUUCCAGUUAUCAGUUGUUCCACAAGGUGGCAGCACUGACCUGGACUGCUGUUUCAAAAUAGAAAAUUAAGCUAAUGGUUCAUUUCCACCCGAGUGUACAGUACAGUACAGUACAGUAUGAGUCGGGACAAUUCACCCUGAUCCGGCUUGAUUUUGUGGCCAACCGUAACCUUGCCUGAUAGGUGUGGUGUAUGCCGGAAAGUAACGAUUGAUAUCAUUCUUGCACGAAAAAGAAAGUGUGACAUUGUCUGUGUAUGAAUGUGAAAAUAUAAAAUGAUAAAAUACACUGUUAUAUUUUUUGUUUACGGACUAUAACAAGCCCAAUAUGCAUGAGCAGCAUGACGGUAAGAGUGUAGGAGAUGCCUUGUAGAAUGAACAAGUGAGGAUACUCUGUCAACCAAUCAAUGCUCUACCAUGAGUCUAGCUCCACCCAUUAGGUAUCGGACUACUCUGCUAGGUUUCCCAACGGAAGGGUCCCAAAAAAUGGUAUGUAUGGUUUGCUAUUUUGGUACCAUUCACAACUUCUGACAAUGGAAAUUGAAAAAAAAAUGUGUACUGUACUGAACCCCAGUGAAAAUGAGCCAUGAAGAUACAGAACAACAACAACAGAUGCCUGUACUGACAAGUGCUUGUAUAAUGUGGUUGAUGAAGCUCUCUGGAGAGCACGUGUCGACCAUCUGCGUUCACCUCAAAUGGACUAUACUUUUAAAGGCUGCAUGUUUAGUGUAUGCGUACAAAAAUUAAGUAUACUUUUAUACUUGUAUAUGGGCUUUUAAGUGACAGUAGCAAUUGAUUUUAAUUUUAUGAAUCACCACAGUUUCAGCUAAAACUCUCUUUACUGUUCUACUGAAGAAAAACGUCACCUACAUCUUGGAUAAGCAAAUUAACAGCACAUUUUAGUUUUUGGGUGAACUAUACCUUUAAGCUCCACCGAAGGACUGCUUUGUGCAGGCAAUAACAGCUCGGUGUUAAUUGUAUCAGGGGAAUGCUACUGACCUUUGAAUCUGGUUGAUUCAAUAAUAAGCUUCAUAUUAGCACCAGAUUAAGUUGGACUGGUGGUAGAUAAUGCAAUGCGAUGCUAACGUGGCGCAGGCGUUUUGUGAAUUUGCCCUAUUGUUUCCCAUGCCAGACGUUCAGAUCAAGCUUCUCAUUGUCAUGUAUUUCUCAUCUACUGCCUUAAUUGGACCCGCAGACCCUGAUUGUAUUCUUUGAUAUUGUGUUUUCUGAGGUCUUUACCAGUAUUUUGUCCGUGUUCAUUGACAGAGUUGCGCAGCUGCCGCUGUGUCUUUGACAUUCUUAAUUGCUAGUGCAUUUUGGUUUAGUUUUAUAUUGUAUUUUCAUUUAGCUGCUGACAGCACUGUAAUAUAAAUGAAGACGUUAGGGCUGCUUUUCUUUACAUUUCUCUGCUUCUUUUGAAUUUGAAGAUGCUAUGCUAACUCCACAGAUGUAUUUAUUGAAAGUGUUAAGAAAUCUGUACAAACAACAAAAAAAGAGACUGUGAAAAUACAUUUUAAGUGUUGUUAAUUGUGUGGAAAUAUGUGAAUGUGCACAAAAGCUAAUUUAAGCCACCAUUUUAAUGCUUCAUUGCAUUUUUUGACUGAAUUGACUGAGGGUGCUUUUAGGUUUACAAUCAAACAAGUGAUUAGGGGGUUUUCCAUAAUUGUCCCCGAAUCACUGAAAAGAGCAGUUUGGACAUUGAUUGAAUUGGUUUAGUUGUUCAAUAUUUUAGUCAUUUGUGGCUGACUGAACAGCAGUGUAAUGGCUCAUUCACACCAAUGGCAGUUUUAUGUAGAAGCUUUAAAAAGUCUUGUUAAAAUGUAAAUCUGCAGUAUUUUGAAAGUAGACCAAUGCGAGUUUUUGAGCAUUUUUUUUUUUUUUUGGAGCAAUUAUUAUUGGAGGGAAUUAAUAUUUUGAGUCAAUUCACUGCCAUCUUGUGGUAAAAAUAAGCAAAGGACAUAAAAAUAUUAUUUUUUGUUAGCUCAAGAAAGUGUUAUGCAUUACGUCUCAUUCCUAGAAAUCUGUGAAGUUACUUUUGUUUUAAACACCUGAUUCAUAUUGAUGAAUAUGUUUGUGACUGAUGCAUGAUGCUUAUAACUAACCCUCAUUUCCAACAUGACUUUCUUACUACAGUGAUGAAAUCUUCAGCUUACUGACUCCUGAUCAAUAAAACAUGAUAUAUGUGAUAGAUACAUAGUGAUAUGAUGUGAUGAGGUUAACUAUGAAACUGUAUUAGUAAACUGUUUAAAAAUAUAUAUUAAUUUGUCAUGGUUUAACCGAAAUUUCAUAAUACAGGAGGAAAUAGUUGAUUCAGAUAGACUGUUAAUCCAUCUGAAUCAAUUAUUUCCUCCUGUAUUAUGGUUUGCCUUCAAUGUGCUGUAAUAACAUGUUAUCUCUGAAAGCCUUUGAAAAGCCACUGCCCCAAUGUACAUAACAGUUUUAUAUUUAUUUUAUGUUUAUAAAUUUGGGAAUGGAUUCCUUGCUUUUAAUAAAACUGAUGAAACUUA